AUGGUCACAUUCAACUGUGAGGUUUGCAACGACACAGUUCCCAAGAAAAAUACUGAGAAGCACUAUUACAGAUGUCCUCAAGCUUAUUAUACUUGCAUUGAUUGUAAUGUCACAUUUGAUGACGGAGUUUCAUAUAAAGCUCACACGCAAUGUAUAAGUGAGGAUGAGAGGUACCAAGGAGCACUGUACAAAGGUAAAAAGCAGAAGGGUAAAACCCAAGCGAAACAACCGGUGAAGAGCGAUCCUCAACCUACGGUAAAGGAAGAGAAGCCGCAAUCCAGCGAGAAGGAAAGUACGAAGAAAGCCGAAUCUAAGUCAAAAACGAAAACAGAAACUGCUUCGAGAUCUCUACUCACCCAGAAAAAAGGAACCAGCUUGUACAAGAUCUUGAAGUCUGUCAAGAACAAAGACGAAAAAAAGGAGCUGCUCAAGAAACUAGUGGUGGAGAAGGACGGGCACUUGGUAUUGCAGAACUAA